AUGGUACAGAGCAUUCCUUCCAAGAUGCAAGGUGAAGUCAAUGUUCCUUACACCCUGCAUUGUGGAGGAUUCCAGAAAGCUUUGCAGGAUAGUGUGUUAUGGUUGAGCAGUGGUGGAACCCGUUCAGUUUUGCAUUAUGAUGGCAUGGACAAUUUUAAUUGUGUUCUUGAUGGAGAGAAGAAUGUUCUACUUUUUGAUACGGUGAAACCAAACAAUGAACAUGAUAGGUCUAGACUACUUGCUAAGUGGUUGGGAAAAGAAAACGUUAGCCGAAAGGAAUUUCUCUUGGAGAUUUCUCAGUUAGACAAAGAGGUUCAAUAUGAUCUUUUUAAUGAUGCUGAUGCAGAUGGAGAUGGCAACCUUUCAUGGCCUGAAUUAUAUUCAUUUGACAUAAAAAACUACAUGCUCCAGACAUUGGCUGGCAUUUCUACAAAUGAGUUGUCAGGGUGUAAGCAUACACCAGAUGACUCUAAGGACAUGAAGAUAAGAAAAUAUCCACAGCAAGCCAGAGAUGAGUUGUGA